AUGCAUGCGACUCGCUGCCCACUUCGCACGCCCUUUACUCUGGCCCGUGGGGUCCCCGACAAUGAGCAGCUCAUCCUCGAGUACAGCCAACAGGACUCGUAUCACUCGGUGGUCUUGCUCCGGUCGGAGGCCGAGGCGCCACGGUCGGCUGGUACUCCUGUGGCCCAUUCGCGAUUGGGCCUCUUUCAGGAUGCCUCUGGGAGUUCGUCUUCCCUUUCGGCGGCUGUGGCCCUGCCGGAGGGUCACAAUCCAGCCAGCGACCCCAUCUUCUUUGCUGGCAAGCUGGCCAUCAAGCCGGGGAUUAUUUUUAGUCUCCACCCUUCGGAGUCCCAGCAGGUCAUCGCCACUACGAUCGACAAUUCGUGGAACCUGCUGAACAUCAUCGACACCAAUGAGCUUAGCCAGCCAGCCUUUUCCUUCUCUAUUCCCCGCGCCGCGUCGCACCUGGCCAUCACGGACUGCCUGGCCUUUGUGGCUGGGGCGCCGCCCCUGUCGUCCGGCUCCAGCCAAAGCCCCACUCAGUCGGUGUCGGUUAUCUCGCGGCACAUUUCCAUGUGCCAGUUUGAUUACCCGAAUGCCAGGUCUCCGCCGACCGCCGGCGACGCCACGGAAUCCCUGAUUCAGCGCUUCCUCCUUGCCCCGUCCGAGCGCCUGCUGGCUUUGAUCCCGGCCCCCGGCCUGCCGAUGAAUGCCUUGGCCGCUUCUGGUCUCCCCCCUCCGGGGCGGCCACCUUCGCGGCUGCCGGCCACCGCGUCGCACCUGACCCGGCUGAUGAAUUACCCGGGGUUUGUCCGGUCACACGAUGUGCUCCUGCCGCUGGAGGCCUUCUCGGGGAAUGCCAGCCCGGCCGGUGCCCCGGCCACCGGCCACCCCGGCACGCCGCCCUUCGACGUGCUGGCCAUCGAUGACCCGGCGGAAACCGAGCGCCUGGCUCGCGAGCUCUCCGGCUGCUAUGUCAUCACCAGCAAGUGUGUCUACUGGAUUCGGCCGUUCACCAUUUCCCCGACAUUGCUCUUCACCAGGCACUUGAUUCCGGCCGCCGCUCCGCUCAAGAGCAUGGUGCUCGAGGAGCUGUCCCCCGGGCCGGGUGAUGAGGUUGACUUCUUCGAGCACGCCUUCCCCGUCAUCGAGUCUGUCGGCCAGACGCUCAAGCUCAACCUGCUGCACUUGAACUCCCAGGCGGCCGAUGUG